AUGGCCGGGGAUAGAGCUGAGGGAUGGUGCGUGCCUAAGGCUAAUGAAAUCAAGUUCCUCGAAGAGCCUAGCAUUAAUGGCACAGAAGAGAUCGAAAUGAUUGAUGCUUCCCCAAACUGGAUGAUGCCAAUAACAACCUACCUCAACACUGGAGAACUCUCAGAGAAUCGAAAUGAAGCUCGAAAGAUGAGAAGGAAGGCUGCACGAUAUAUCAUAGUAGAGGGAAUUAUGUUCAGACGAGGAUUCUCCAUGCCAUUGCUCAGAUGUGUUACCCAAGAAGAAGCUGGACGACUUUUAUCUGAAGUGCACGAUGGAUUUUGUGGAAAUCACGCUGCCAGGCAGCGUUUAUCUAAAAAAAUUCUAAGGCAAGGUUAUUUCUGGCCGACAAUGAUCGAGGAUUCAAAGGCCUAUGUUAAAAAAUGUGACAAAUGCUAG